CCGUGAAUUUUGUGCUUAUGACUGCACGAUCAACCUCUCGAUCUGUUCCGCAAUGAACCUCCGUGGACGCCUAAAGACCUAGAUUCCAACAUGUCAAAACCCACCUCCCCGCCCGCCGCGAGCCCUCUGCAAACCUUCAUCUCAUCCUACCGCCUCGCCGACCGAUCUCCUGCCCCCGAUCCAUACCUCCACCUCGCGCUCCAAGUGGCCCAUAACCUCCGCUACCAGCACCAAUGGGAGCAGAUCACCAUCCACCACACCUCCCCGACCACUCCCUUUGCGCCGCUCCCGCGUCCGCUGAUCUCAGGGCUGCCGCCGCGGCGGAUCUAUGUGCAUCCCGACGAGCAGAUCGAACAGGUGAAGCUGGGGGAUCAGCGGCGGGAGGCGAGGAAAAACGGCGGUGGAGAUGCUGCGGAUGAGGAUGAGGAUGAUGAGGAGCCGGAGCCGGAGCGCGAGUGGAUCUUGCCGACACAUUUGAGGGAGCGGUGGAGCUUGAAGCAGAUGGCGGCGGUGUUCGAUGAGGUAUCGCAUGAGCCGCCAGAGGUAGACGAUCCGCAGGCAGGGACGGAACUGUUCCCUCAAGAGGGGCAGCCGGCGAACGCUGGCAGUGGUUCGGCUCGAGAAACGAGCAGUGGCGAACCUGUCCUGAAGAACAAAUGGAGGACGACGAAACGCGUGCUGCUGGCGACGGUGGACGACGACAGCACUAUCGUGUUCUACAUCACGCACGACGGGAUCGUCAAGCCGCGGCAGAACUGAGAAGCAAAGCACAACGAAAUGGGCGUGUCUAUAUUCUCGAACCGUAUAGAUCAACGCCGAUUCCUCCGAAUAUAUGGCCAAGAAAUUACAGGGACCGAUCCUGUUUGGGAUUACAGCGUCGGACAUUACGCCCCCAGCCUAUGUCGUCGGCGCUCCGGAAGCGCUGAGGUAUUCGAGUAUGGGGUGGGUGUCCUCGCGGUCGCAAGAUGGUACGAAUGGACGGCGCGGCGAAGGUGCGUGUCGACCUGGGACUUCUGGUUGGCGCUCUGGUAGGCGUAGCUGCUGUUCGACGGGAAGAUGCCGAUCAUGUUGAACAAGUAUGC